AUGCCACUUCUAAAAUUGUCUUCAGUCAUCUUUUCGCUGUUGGCUAUCCUUGGACCUACAUAUAUCAGCAGCUUUGAACCGCGGCCUGAAAUAGGAUAUCCUGUAGGACUUUUACCAGAAUGUCCAGGUGUAACAAAAAACGCAACAAUCACUCCAGUUAUGAUGAGGAUGCUGCAGGUCACUGUCCACAAGAUAACUAACACUGGUCAGAUCGUCCGGAAGGAUUUUCCCAUUCUCAGUGCUCAUAGAAGUAUAUCCAAGGAAAAGAGUAUAGAUCUCAAAAACAAAAAAACGGUCCUGUACGCAGUUGGUUGGUUGGACAGCUCAGUAUGGCCUCAAAGUCAAGCAAUAGGGACAGCGUAUUCUAAAAGAGGGUACAAUGUGUUAAUAACCGAAACUUUCUCCUUUCUCACCUAUAUAUAUCCGAAAUCUGUACGCAUCACAAGAGUCAUUGGAAAAAAGUUAGGGGAAUUUCUGGUGAAACUAACAGAAUUUGGGCUUGAAGCGGAAAAUUUAGAACUAGUUGGGGCAAGUCUAGGAGCGCACGUAGCAUCACAUGCUGCUAAGUAUUUCUAUUCAGCUACUGGAAAAAAGCCCUCAAGAAUAACGGGACUUGAUCCGGCUGGACCCUGUUAUAGAUCACUACCCCCAGAGGAAAGACUAGAUAUAUCAGAUGCACAUAAAGUUGAUGUUGUUCAUACAAACAUUGAUGGAUUUGGAAUAGCAGAGCCUUUAGGACAUCUGGAUUUUUAUGCCAAUGGCGGAGAGUUCCAACCGGGUGAUAUACCUUACAUACCCUGUCUAGUCGUAUGCAGUCAUAUUAGAGCUAUCUUUUACUGGUGGCAAGCCAUAGAACAUCCCAAAAAGUUUAUCGGAGUUAGAUGUGAUUCAGUUCAAAAUGCCAGAUUGGGGAAGUGUUUUGAAAAUACAACCGAUAAUUAUUUAGGUUUUGCUGCUAAUUUCACUAAGCCUGGUAUAUAUUAUUUGCCCACUCUUAACGAGUUUCCAUAUUACAAGGAAAAAGGAAGGAAAGGGUUUAAGUUUGAGGAAGAUAUUUAUAAACAUGUGGCAGAAAAGAUUAAUUCUGAUGAUGUUUUUGUUGUAAAG